AUGAAAACUUCUCAAAAGAGAGGACGCAAACACAAGAGACAAGAUGCUUCAUCGGCGGAAAACGCCGGCGGCGAAGUUAAGGAAGGCUCGGUUACACAGCUGAACGAAUCGGCGUCGCCUCAGUCUCCUGAGCCCGCAUCAGCUUCCGAAACCAACCCGUCUCCGUCGCGACGCAACCCAUUGUUGACAGUUACUGAUGAUGAGUUUUGGGAAGGAGUGACUCCUGUAGAGUUUGGAGAUUUACCUGCUUUGCACAACGAUGUAACUGUUGUUGGUUACCCAAUUGGUGGCGAUACAAUCUCUGUAACAAGCGGUGUUGUUUCAAGGAUGGAGAUUUUGUCCUACGUACAUGGCUCUACAGAGCUUUUGGGCUUGCAGAUAGAUGCAGCUAUUAACUCUGGUAAUUCUGGUGGACCUGCAUUUAACGACAAGGGAAAAUGUGUCGGCAUUGCCUUUCAGUCCUUGAAACACGAAGAUGCUGAGAACAUCGGUUAUGUCAUCCCUACGCCUGUGAUUGUACAUUUCAUUCAAGAUUAUGAGAAGCAUGAUAAAUACACAGGUUUUCCUGUUAUUGGGAUUGAAUGGCAGAAGAUGGAGAAUCCAGACUUGCGUAAGAAAAUGGGAAUGGAGUCUCAUCAAAAAGGGGUGAGGAUAAGAAGAAUUGAGCCAACCGCACCGGAAUCACAGGUUUUGAAGCCAUCAGAUAUUAUCCUUAGCUUUGAUGGAGUUAACAUUGCUAAUGAUGGAACUGUUCCAUUUAGACACGGCGAGCGAAUUGGCUUUAGCUAUCUUAUAUCUCAAAAAUACACUGGAGAUUCUGCUCUUGUGAAGGUUCUGCGUAACAAAGAGAUAUUCGAGUUCAACAUAAAACUUGCAAUCCACAAGAAGCUGAUCCCUGCACACAUUAGUGGCAAACCACCUUCUUACUUCAUCGUUGCUGGCUUUGUAUUUACAACUGUCUCUGUUCCAUAUCUUCGAUCUGAGUAUGGAAAAGAAUACGAAUUUGAUGCACCUGUCAAGCUUUUGGAUAAACAUCUUCAUGCAAUGGCUCAAUCCGUGGACGAGCAGCUUGUUGUAGUUUCACAGGUUCUGGUUUCUGACAUUAACAUUGGUUAUGAGGAUAUUGUCAAUACCCAGGUUCUUGCAUUCAAUGGCAAACCUGUGAAAAACUUGAAAGGUUUGGUUCAAAUGGUGGAGAAUUGUGACGAUGAAUACAUGGAGUUUAAUCUUGAUUAUGAUCAGAUUGUUGUUCUGCAAACUAAGACAGCAAAAGAGGCAACUUUAGAUAUUCUGACGACACAUUGCAUACCUUCUGCUAUGUCUGAUGAUCUCAAGACUUGAAACAGUCGCAGCCAAACAGACAUGGAAGGUCAGAGUGAGAGAGAGAGAAAAUGAGAGUGAGAUUUUGCUUCAUGGAAGGACAUCACAUAAGCAAAUACAGCUUCGAAAGACAAAAAGAGCUUCGAAAGCUCGACCAUAUCUUUUAUCUUCUUUGAUUCUUACUCUGUUACAAUUUUGUACUUGGAAAAAUAUGCAGGACAAAACACGAAGCAAGACAAGAAAAUUCUGAUAAGAAGCGUUGUGUCUCUGAUUUCUGUUUUACAACUUCUACUACUUUUUAAAAAUGCAUUCUAUACUCGUUCAGUAUUUUUCUUUUCUGGUAAAGAGACUGAAAGUUCUAUGAUCUA